CAGUACAUAAGCUUUGAAGGCUGAGUCUCAAAGUUUAUUUGCGUUUUAGAUAUCUUCAACUCUACAUAUAAAUAAUUUGACUAAUAGUAACGAGAACUGCCCCCAAAUUGCAGUAUUAAAUUUAUUAAAAAGGCUAUUGUGGGAUCUUGUUGUAUUCUGAUACAUAAGUAGACUUGAAGCGUUUACUUCUUAUUUUAUAUAGAACUUGAGAUCGAACUAUUGCAAACUUGGAUCUAACUUAUUUUAAAAUAAUAAAUAUUAUCUAAUUGUGAAAUAGAUCCUAAUCUGCACAGUAGUUCCGGUCAUUUCUAGGAAAUUUGGUUUAUAUUCUAUUACAUUUUUGCCAGAAGUUUAUACUCGACACAAUGAAUGAAGAAUGGGUUAUCCGCGUAUUUUCUACCUCGGGUAGAUCUAGAGUAACUGUACCAUCUGGAUGUUCGCUCUCAAUGCUUAAAACAAAGAUUGCAGCUUCUUUAAAAGUCCCAGAGCACCAACAGUUACUGAGCUUAGAUUCUUCAGGCAAUAGUUUACUCAAGGGUGAUUCUCUGAGUCUGAAGCAACAUGGAUUGUCGGAUGGAUCUGUUGUAUUUCUAAUAACAGAUGUAACUCCCCAAGUUACAUGUAAACUUAUUACUCGUCCUCAACAAAUGAGUACUAGUGAUAUCCCACCUAUGGAGAAAUCCAGCGAAAUGAAGUCUUCGGAUAUUAAUGAGUCGUCAAACUUAACUCCUAGAAGACAGGGUAGUAACGGAAUAGUUCCCCAAUUUAAAUCUUUUGAUUCAUUUCUACAGGAACGAAAUUAUAUGAUAGAUGAUUUGCCUAUGAAGACAUCUUAUAAACCCAUUAAUAUAGCUAUUGGGAAAAUAAAUAAGAUACCACCAUCAAUAACCUUAAAGCAUCAAGUUUAUCGUCAUGUAGAUCAUUUAGAGAUGAUGAACUUAGCUGAAGUUACUGACUUUGUGAAAUAUUGGACUUGCAAUUUACAAUUACAGAAACAGCGUAUUGGAUGGAUGUAUGGAUACUAUAAAGAAGAUAAUACGUAUCCGAUGGGAAUUAGAGCUGUUAUGGAGGCUAUAUAUGAACCUCCUCAGACAAAUAAUCACAAAUUUGGUAAUCUAGAACUAGAAUUUGAUGAUUUCAAAAGCACAGUAGAUACAAUUGCUCAUAGCCUUGGCUUAGAAUGUAUUGGACUUAUUUUUACUCAUAAAGAGAGAGAUGAGUUACUGACAUCCAGAGAAAUUAUUUCCUUAGGGAAACUACAGCUUGAUUAUUUAAAGUAUAACCACUAUACUGGAUACCCUGUUAGCAAUUUUAUCGCUUGUACUAUUGCUCCCUGUAAGAAAUCAGAAGACAGUGCUCCUGUACCAAAUGCCUUUGCAGUAUCUGAUCUUGGACUAGCCUUCAUUAGGGAUCAUCUCUUAGAUGAGGAUAAUUUGGAUGAUGAUCUUCACAUGAAGCUUAGGGCAGAACAAAAAGGCGAAUUAUUACCACAAGUUCUUGAAGGUGGCCAAGAAACUUCUAGAUUUGAUGCUCAUUGGUUUGUAGUUCGUGUGAAUGAAUCAGCCCCUAUAAGACCAAGGUCACUCUUUAAUUGUAAUCAAUUUCCACGAGAAAAUCGUAUUUCUACUCAAACUCCUGCGGAUGUAGCGACGUUUAUUAAAAACAGAUUAGUUAAUAUAUCUUCGACUUCUUACCAAUUGCUGAAUGAUUUUCAUUUACUUCUACACCUUGCUAAACUUUUUGAUGAGUCUACAGCACUUUCAAUAUGUAAUUCUAUUGCCAACAAAACCCCAGUUGAUCAAACAUUAAUUGAAAUAUUGACUUCUUUGAAUUAGAAAAAAUGAAUAUAUUUAAAGUUUACCUUGGUUAAAACUAUAGUUUGAAUAAAAUAAAAGAUGAAGUGACUUUAUUAUUUAAUAUAGAAGAUAUCCUUAUUAUAAAUAUAUACGACAAAAUACU